UAUUGUAACGUCACGCACAGGUGCGUCGAAUAGCGGCUAAUGAGUGACGUGAGCAGCAUUUAAGCAGCUCGAGGCGUCCUUCCUUCACGCACACGCUUCAACCCACGCUGUCGUGCAGAGCCACCGCUCCUGGGUUUCGAACAUGGGGCCCGGACUCGCCGCAAGGUUUUCUUGGAUCUGCUUGCUGAUAAUUAGCAAUGCUGCAAGUGUCCCAGUGCAACAAAAAUACUCCCUCAGGCCUCCAUUCAAGUCCAAUUCUGGGCCACCUGAAGACCUGCGCCCUUCUCUCAUGUCGGUGCAGCAAACAUACUCUCACGGGUUCCCUAAGGGCCAAUCUGCCGAGCCCACAUCUGGCAGCUGGUCCCAGUCCAGCCCGGCAACCUCUGAUGCGCAUCUUGCGGCCUAUGCAGGAAACUCCAACCAGCACUCAAGUGCUCCUGCUCAUGCUGAUAGCCAAUUUGCCAAACCUGUGCUUUCAGGUUCAAGAUGGCCACUUUCUGCUCAAACGUCCAAAGUCAUCCCCUCUAAUGCUGGGCAUCAAGCUAGCAUGGCAAUGGCAGAGCAUCCAGGUAUCCAGCACCACCACAGUUGGGAAUCGUACACUCCGGUCCACGAACAACCUUCCGGCUCCAAGCCCUCAACUCAUCAGGUCAAAGAUGACUCUUUGGAGGGCCGGCAAACGGCGUAUCCAGGUAGCAACCUGCCCUCAAGUUUGGCUGAAUACCUUUCGGAGUACGAGCCUCUCUCCGGCCAUGAAGCUCCAACUGUUCCCGUGGUCCUUCCUGGUGGCGAGAAAGGGACUCCUUCCCACACGGCCAAAGGGCAGCCAGCAUCUGUUGUGGGUGGCGGCCUGCCCCAAAAUUGGCCCUUGUACGAGCAAACGUCCAGCAUUGAAUCGCCAACUGCUUCCGAGAGUCCAGUCAGCGGAAAGGGAGACAACGUGGCUCAUUCUGGUGGCCACCGACAAAGCUGGGCAGUGGGUGAUGUGCAACCUUCCGGCUACCGACCCGCAACCGGUUUAGUCCAAGUCGACACGGUCAUGGGGAAACUCUCGUUGACUCCAAGCGGAAGUCUGCCUCCAACUUGGCCAUUGUUCAAUCCGGUCUAUGAGCCCCCUUCCAACUAUGAAUUGCCAACAGCUCCUGAGAAUCCUGCUGGGAAAGGCCACCAUGUUUUUUCAGGUGGCAAGAAAGGUUGGUCAGCCUCCAGCCCGUUUGACCAGCCACGUCCCAUCCACGAACCCUCACCUGCUCAAGUUGACACUGUCAAGGGGCAGCAAGUACGGAAUGCAGCUGGGAAGCUUCCCCCAAGUUGGGCUGUCUACACUCAAGUCUUCUCUCCAUCGGCCGCUCCUGAGAUUCCUCCCAAAGUGAGUCCUGGAACAGGGGAAGAACAAGAGUACAGCCGAUUUGAUGUGAAACCUCCUAGCUAUAAACCCGGCAAGCUUCCCCCAACUUGGGCCCAAGUCUAUUCUUCACCGGCUGCUCCCGAGAUUCCUCCCAAAGUGAGUCCUGGAGCAGGGGAAGAACAAGAGUACAGCCGAUUUGAUGUGAAACCUCCUAGCUAUAAACCCGGCAAGCUUCCCCCAACUUGGGCCCAAGUCUAUUCUUCACCGGCUGCUCCAGAGAUUCCUCCCAAAGGUGUCAAAUUGAGUCCUAUCACAGGUAUAACGCAGCUGGUAUCUCCUCCUGGUGGCCACGUGCAACAAAGUUGGUCAGCGUACAGUCGCUUUGAACAAAAUCCAAUCUAUGAACCUUCAACUGCUGAAGUUGACUCUGGCCAUGGGCAGCAAGUAUGGAAUGAAGGUGGCCAUCUUCCCCCAACUUGGGCCCAAGUCUAUUCUUCACCGGCUGCUCCCGAGAUUCCUCCCAAAGUGAGUCCUGGAGCAGGGGAAGAACAAGAGUACAGCCGAUUUGAUGUGAAACCUCCUAGCUAUAAACCCGGCAAGCUUCCCCCAACUUGGGCCCAAGUCUAUUCUUCACCGGCUGCUCCCGAGAUUCCUCCCAAAGGUGUCAAAUUGAGUCCUAUCACAGGUAUAACGCAGCUGGUAUCUCCUCCUGGUGGCCACGUGCAACAAAGUUGGUCAGCGUACAGUCGCUCUGAACAAAAUCCAAUCUAUGAACCUUCAACUGCUGAAGUUGACUCUGGCCAUGGGCAGCAAGUAUGGAAUGAAGGUGGCCAUCUUCCCCCAACUUGGGCCCAAGGCUACUCUCCACCGGCUGUUCCUGAGUUUCCUAACAAAGGUGUCAAAGUGAGUCCUGGUGGCCACGUGCAACAAAGCUGGUCAGCCUACAGUCCAUUUGAGGAACACCCCAGCUACGAACCCUCAACCACUGAAGUUGACUCUGGCCAUGGGCAGCAAGUAUGGAAUGAAGGUGGCCAUCUUCCCCCAACUUGGGCCCAAGGCUUCUCUCCUGAGGUUCCUACCAAAGUGAGUCCUAGCACACCUUAUUGGUCAACCUCCAGCCCAUUUGAAGAGGAACAUCCCAUCUACGAACCCUCCCCUGCUGAAGUAGACUCUGUCCAGCGGCGCCAAGUAUGGAAUGUAGGUGGCAACCUUCCCCAAAGUUGGGCCAUAUACAAGCAAGUCUUCUAUCCACCAGCUACUUCUAAGAUUCCGCCCAGAGUGAGUCCUGGAACAGGGGAACGACAGCUUGCACCUCAUCGAGGUGUUAACUUUCAACAAAGAUGGUCAGCAUACAGUCCACUUGAUGUACAACAUCCUAGCUAUGAACACUCUCCUGCUGAAGUUGACACUGUCCAUGGGCAGCAAGUAUGGAAUGAAGGUGGCCAUCUUCCCCCAACUUGGGCCCAAGGCUUCACUCCACCAGCUGCUCCCGAAGUGAGUCCUGGCUUAGGUGAAGGACCGCAAGCAUCUCAUCAACGUUGGUCAGCAUCCAGUAAAGUUGAGCAAGCUCCGAGGUACAAACCCUCACCUGCUCUUCAUCCCACCACAGGCUCCGGCAGAAAGGCUCAACCCAGUUGGAGCAAAGUGGGUUCUCCUCCUGGCAAGGGCCAACUUGCAGAGAGUCAAAGUGGCAACUGGCACCCGGACCAUAUGACACCUGCAACUGGUGGCGUUCAAGUUGACACUGCUCAGAAGCAGCCGAGAUGGGCAGCAACCAGCCCAUUCAAGUUUCCCGGCCCCUCCAGCUACAAGCCAAGUGGCGGCGCCACACCGAACCAGCACCUGGAAGCCAAUCCGGGUGGCUCACCUUUGACGAAAGUUCAAGUCGGCCCUCUCUUUGGCAAGGGCCAGCCUGCAAGCGGUCCCGCUGGCCGUUGGCCCGCGUACGGUUCAGCCUCCCACUGGUCACCCAGUUUCAAGCCCUCAGUCAUUCCUGGUGGUGCUGCUGCUGGCAAGGUGACCGAGUGGGGGAGAAAGCCAGCUUCUACCGGGGUGCCGUCAGCUCAUGUCCCAGAUCAUGCUUCCAGCUACAAACCCUCAAGACUUCCCACUGACUCUGGUGUGAAAGGACAGCCUGCUCAUCCUGAUUCUAACUGGCAUUCAGCAGGCCAUCGGCUUUUCCCUCGUGUGGACCCUGACCACCACGGCACUUCUCAACUUGAAGGUUCAGACCCCGCCGCCGGUGUCUCCACCUGGAACGUCCACCAGUCGAGCUCUUCCGACCCAAGCCACCCUAGCAAAGGUUCGGGCCACUUGUCAGAGAUCCCUGGUGCCCCUUGGGUGUUUGACGAGUUCCCCGGCGAUUAUUUUGAUGAGGAGCAGCACAACGAAGAAGUUGAUGAUGCUGCUGGCGACAUGGAGAUUGAGGGCAAGAUGGAGGUCCCGACUUACAUCGUUCGCAACCGCAACGGCUAUGAACAAGAGCGAAAGGAAUUGUCCCAAAUGCAUUACACCCAAAGGGUCGCCUAUCCCUACGUUCCCUCCCAGAGACUGUCGACAAAGAUCUUGUGAGGUAAAAGAUGCACAUGGACCCUUCAAUAUUCAUUUAUUUAAUUUGCCUUUCUUUCUUCCAGAAUCGGCUUGCUGAUUUGUUGCUGAAUAAGAUUUAAUAAAUGGCUGAAACGCAACUUGA